AUGCAGAAGGAUGCUGAACAAAUCCUAAUUUCUCUACUGUGUCUGGUGACGAUCUCUUCUGGAACAGUAGCUGACACCUGCCCAGAUGUGAAUAUUGUGGGCCUGAAUGGUAAUGAGAAGCUGGCCAUCCUCCGAGGAUGUCCAGGGAUUCCUGGUGCAACAGGGCCCAAAGGAGACCCAGGCACUGAUGGUGCAAGAGGCAAUACGGGACUUCGGGGAAUCCCAGGAAAAAUGGGACCAGCUGGGUCAAAAGGAAAUAAAGGAGAUGCAGGACCACCAGGAAAAAUUGGAGAGAAAGAGCUGAAUGACCUCCAUUGUAAACAGGGGGCAAAGAACUGCAAAGAGCUCUUGGCCAAGGGGAUGAUCCUGAGUGGCUGGUACACCAUCUACCCCCGGGACUGUGUGCCGCUGACUGUGCUGUGUGACAUGGACACGGAGGGAGGUGGCUGGAUUGUCUUCCAGAGACGGACUGAUGGAUCUGUGGAUUUUUUCCGGGACUGGAACUCUUACAAGAAGGGAUUUGGGAGCCAACUCACUGAAUUCUGGCUAGGGAAUGACAACAUUCACCUGUUGACCUCAUUAGGAGAAAAUGAAUUGCGCAUUGAUCUUGCUGAUUUUGAUAACAACCACACCUUCGCCAAAUACCAGUCUUUCCAAGUAUCAGGAGAGUUGGAUCAGUACAGGCUUACACUUGGAAGGUUCAUUGGAGGCACUGCAGGUGAUUCAUUCUCUGGCCACAACAGCAUGCCUUUCUCCACCAAAGACAAGCAGCAGGAUCCUGGCAAUAACAAAUGCACAAGCAAAUACAAGGGAGCCUGGUGGUAUGGUGCCCCCUGCCACUCUUCCAACCUCAAUGGGCUGUACUGGCUUGGAACACAUAGCUCCUUUGCUGACGGUGUGAAUUGGAGAUCUGGCAAAGGAUAUUACUAUUCCUAUAAGCGAUCAGAAAUGAAAUUCAGGCCCCGGACUUAG